CAUGAGCGUGGAUCAGCAGCAGCAGCAGCAGCUCCAUCCCGGCCUGCAGGGGGAUCACAGCUCUCCUCUCCCUCUCUCUCCUCUCUCCUCUCAGGGACAGACAUGGCUGACGGAGCUCGAGAGGAGAGAUACGGCUGAUCUCGUUUACUUCAGCGCUUGGAUAUUUGAGAGCUGUGUGCUUCUGACUGAUAUGAAGGCGACGCUGAUCUUCGGCGUCAUUGACAGGUUGAAUUGUUCGGGAGGGCAGAGGCUGUGAUGCUGGCAGCACCAACACUGUGAAAUAAACUACAAUCUUAUAAGAAGAAGCCAGCAGAAACGCCAGAGCCGUCAAAAUGUCUAAAACCAAAAGCUCUGAAUCCGUUAAGGUAGUGGUGCGUUGUCGCCCCAUGAAUGAGAAAGAGCGAGCCGCCAAUUUCGAGAGGGUGGUCUCAGUGGAUGUGAAGUUUGGGCAAGUGGCUGUGCGCAACUCUCGAGGUGCGUCCUCCCAUGAGCACCCAAAAGUGUUCACCUUUGAUUCCGUCUAUGACUGGAAUUCAAAGCAGAUGGAGCUCUACGAUGAGACUUUCCGGCCAUUGGUGGAUUCUGUACUGUUUGGCUUCAAUGGGACCAUCUUUGCAUAUGGCCAGACGGGCACCGGAAAGACUUUCACGAUGGAAGGGGUACGAAAUGACCCCGACAGGAGAGGUGUCAUUCCAAACUCCUUUGAACACAUUUUCACACACAUUUCCCGCUCUCAGAACCAGCAGUACUUGGUCAGGGCUUCAUACUUGGAGAUUUAUCAAGAAGAGAUCAGGGACCUUUUAUCGAAAGACCAAUCGCGCCGUCUGGAGCUCAAAGAGAGGCCGGAUACAGGUGUCUACGUUAAAGACCUCUCUUCAUUCGUCACUAAAAGUGUUCGUGAGAUUGAGCAUGUGAUGAACGUGGGGAACCAGAACCGCUCAGUUGGUGCAACUAACAUGAACGAGCACAGCUCUCGUUCUCACGCGAUCUUCGUCAUCACCAUUGAGUGCAGUGAGUUGGGUCCUGAUGGAGAGAACCACAUUCGUGUUGGGAAACUCAACCUUGUUGACCUGGCAGGAAGUGAAAGACAGACCAAAACUGGUGCACAGGGCGAGCGCUUGAAAGAAGCCACCAAAAUCAACCUCUCUUUGUCAGCUUUGGGCAACGUCAUCUCAGCGCUGGUGGACGGGAGAAGCACCCACAUCCCGUACCGUGACUCUAAACUUACAAGACUGCUUCAGGAUUCCUUGGGCGGAAAUGCCCGUACGGUUAUGGUGGCCAACAUCGGACCUGCAUCCUACAAUUUAGAGGAGACGCUGACCACGCUACGCUAUGCAAAUCGCGCCAAAAACAUCAAGAACAAACCCCGUGUCAACGAAGACCCCAAAGACGCCCUGCUUCGGGAGUUUCAGGAGGAGAUUGCCCGCUUGAAAGAACAGUUGGAGAAAAGGUCUGGCAGGAAGAGGAGAAAAAGGAGGAGAAGGAGGGUUGGAGAAGGAGGAGAGGAGUUAGAAGAUGGGGAUGAUGAUGAUGAGGAGGAGGAGGAUGACGAGGAAGAGGAAGGAAUGGAUGCAGAUAAGAACAUCGCAGAUUAUUGGCGCGAACAACAAGAGAAGCUGGAGAAGGAGAGGAAGGCCAUCACGGAGGACCACAGCCUGGUGGCGGAGGAGAAACAGCGGCUGCUGAAAGAGAAGGAGAAGAAGAUGGACGAUCUUCGCAAAGAGAAGGAGGCAUCAGAGAUGCUUGCAGCCAAAGUUAAGGCCAUGGAAAGCAAGCUGCUGGUGGGAGGAAAGAACAUUGUCGACCACACCAAUGAGCAGCAGAGGAUUCUGGAGCUGAAGAGACAGGAGAUAGCUGAACAGAAAAGGCGGGAAAGGGAGAUGCAGCAGGAGAUGGAGUGUCGUGACGAAGAGACACUGGAGCUCAAAGAGACGUACAGCUCCCUGCAGCAGGAAGUUGACAUUAAGACCAAGAAACUGAAAAAGCUCUUUUCCAAGCUGCAAUCUGUGAAGGCGGAGAUUCAGGAUGCCCAGGAUGAACACGUCAGAUACAGGCAGGAGCUGGAGCAGACACAGAAUGAGCUGACCAGAGAACUCAAACUUAAACAUCUGAUCAUAGAGAACUUCAUCCCACUGGAGGAGAAGAACAAGAUUGUGACAAGAGCUACCUUUGAUGAAGAAGAUGACCUUUGGAAAAUGACCCCCAUCACUCGUAUUCAAAUUGAUCAGCAGAUGAUGAAAAGGCCUGUUUCUGCAGUGGGCUACAGACGGCCUCUGAGUCAGCACGCCCGUAUGGCCAUGUUGAUGCGGCCUGAUGUCAGAUACAAGUCUGAGAAUAUCUUGCUGUUGGAGUUGGACCUGCCCACACGGACCACAAAAGACUAUGAAGGGCCAGUGAUCGCGCCUAAAGUGGCUGCGGCUCUGGAGGACGCUCUGAGGGAGGAGGACGAGAUCCAGGUGGACGCCUCUGGUCUUCGUGCCAGCCUGGGCUCCAGUCCAGGCCUCAGUGCCUCAGCUGCUGGGUUUUCCAAGAAACCAAAGUCAGGCCGCCCAAAAACAGGCAAGAAGGUGAGCACUCCAACUUCAGCUCACAGCCCUUUGUCCAGCUCAGGGUCCCUUCUUUACCCACAAUCCCGAGGCCUCGUGCCAAAGUGAAAAUAGUGAAAACCUUCACUGCUCCAUAAAAACUGACCAGCUUUGGCAUUAAAGUUGUCAGUUUUAGACAGAUUUACGAAGGUGGAACAUCUUGGUGUGUUAUUUGAACCCACCAAUCAGCCCUCAUACUACCUUGUUUUUAGAUGUCGCUUCAACAUCCCGUUUCUAGCACAAAAAAAGUUACAUUUCACAAUCUUUAAAGUCUUAAAGCUCACCGCAAGAUAAAGUUCCACAGAUUUAGUUUGCACUCAAGCAAAAUGUUAUGUGUUUUGUGUGUGCGUGAGGUCAUUGAGACAGCAGAUGGUGUUAGUUACGUCAUUGUGGGAAUGUUUUUGUCUGUGUCCAGUUGUAGGAUUAACAAAUUUCUCACCUAAAGUCGCUGGAGAUUAGAUUUAUGCUGGUUUGGGCCACAAAAGCACUGUAUUGUUGUUUGACGAGAGAGUAAGCACAUUACGUCAUUGGCCAAGACCCAAAACAACCUCUAAGCCUUUCUCGAAGACUCUUUGAGUCGCUUUGGCUGGGGGAAGGGCCCAGAAACACACACUUGACUGGGUUGUCAUUGCAGUCAGCGCUAUAUCCAGUAAGGAAAGGAGUUGGGGGUUUAAAGGUCAGUACAUACUAAAAAUAUCAGGGUUCCAAGGUGCCUUAGAUUCUCUUUAAAUACAGAAGUUUGGUCUGAGAGUCCCUUGACCUGAUAGCUGGACAGUAGAACCUGUAAUCUACACCAAAACCCCUGUGGAUGGUUCCUGAAUGAUUUGAAUUACACUAUAAGUCUGUUGUGUUGGGCAGGCUUGUAUUUAAUGUUCACGGGGAUCUGUAAACAAGAGUUUGACACGAGGAAGUCUUAUUUCUGUUGAACUGUCAAACCUUGAACUAGUGAAGGUAAUACCAUUGCCUGCUGCUAUUGUAGGGUUCUUUUACCCCUUGUGUCAUAGCAUAGGGUUUAUGUAUAUUGAGACAUGUUAGUAAAUGAAUCUGCAUUAUCAUUGCAGUUGUAUUAAAAUCCAAAAUAAUAAUUAAAAGGCUAAGUUAUUACCAUACUAGUCGGUUUUAUAUUCAAGCAAUUGUAGAUAGUUUUUAACACUCGUAUUUUUUUUUGCUUAGAUUUAUAUGUUUUAUUUUUGAAUAUGUAUUAUUUAAAGUAGUGUACAAAUUUAUUUUUGCAAAUGAGAUUUAAGUAUCAUUUUCCUGUGAUUGACUGCAUUCUUUUGUGUUCUUCAGUGAAAUACGUUGUCAUAUAGUAAACAUACAGCUUUUGGAUUGUCAGAAUGUGUACUGCAAAUCCUGAUGCUGGUCAUUGAAAUCAGUAAAUAUGCAUUAUCUAAUCAAUAUUCAUGCUGCCACUCCUGGCUGUAUUAAUGCAUAAGUCAUUAGUUGCUGUUAUGUUAUUUUUGAGGUUUUAGCAUGACAUAAGAACAUCUAAAGCAUUUAAGGCAAAAUACAACUGUAUGUCUAAUACUCCACUUUCACCUUCUUCCAUGUGAUGCAUGAGUUCAAUGCUAAUAACCACGGUGAGAAAAUCAUUUUAAUGUUCACACGGAUUUUGUUUUGUACUAAAAUGUUUUUGAAUUUGUAUUUGAGCUCAGAAUGCAAAUGUCCUCAAUGUGUUAACCAUCUUUUAAUUAAAGGAUGAUUAUUAUCUAUUUGAAUGGAGUAAGAGCAGUUUUCUCACCCAUUUAUUCUGCUUGCAUUUUUAUUCCACCCAAAUCACAAUGACUUGACUGGUUAAACGUCCUAAUUCUGGAUUCUCAAUUUGUGUUCAAAUGAUGUAUUAUUUCCACUUAAUAAAACACUUUCAGUAUGUCAAAGAAUUUCAGUUACACACUGCAAAUACACAAUACACAUUAAAUGAACAGAAACUGAAGUAAUGUGCUGUCCAGUGUGCAAACUCAAACUUUAUUAAAGGUUCUGUCACCUAAAAGCACACAAUCGUUUCAAGCCAAACCUGGUAGAUAUCACUUGCAGAGGAGUAAAGACUUUCCUUGUGACAAUAUCCUGAAUUUUAUGGGCUACCUAAGCAUUGUUCUCAUCAAGAAGAACUAAAGAAAAAUGCUUCUGAACUGAUGAAAUGUGUAGAAAUCGAACCUGGGAUCAUAGAAUUGCCAGAUCCAACCAUUGUAUGCUCAGAAUAGUCUUCCUGUACAGAGGUCGUUUCACUACCACUGUGAUAUACAAAAAGCAGAUCAUUUUCAACAUUUUUGGUCAAAAAAUAGAAAGGUCCUAACAUUUUGGUCUUUUUGUUCUGUGAAAGAAGGAAGUUAAAAAAUAACAUGAAGUAAAAUGUUUUUCCUGAGCAGGGCCAAAGAUUCUGAGCACAAAGAUUGGAAUUCGUGAAAAAUACCCAAGUGCUUCAUACACCUUGAAUUUUUGGUGAUUAACAAUAAACAUAAUUUUACUAAAAAUGCUUCUCUUUAUUUUCACACAACCUUUACAAUAUUAUUGUAAAGCUUGCGAUAUGACACAAUGAUUCUGUAGUAACGGGGUGCAAAAACAAUGUCUGUCUUCAUACGAGUGUGCAAUAAAGUUAAAAUUCUACCAGCAACGGUAAUCGAACUUACAUGAUAAAAUGCAUCAUACCACCUCAAACUCCAAUAUUGACAAAAUGCGGGUGCGAUACGGCAGUACACAUGCAGAUAUUAGUCAGUAUUUUGGAGAACACAGUAGAGGCAAGGUUAAAGAGUUCAACAGUGGAGGGCCAACUUUGGGGUCUCGUGUAAAGAUGCGGCCACAUUAGCAAAAUUUCACAAAGAAAGUCCAAUGUCAAAACAGAAGUCACUUUCAAACCAAGCAGUUUUUUAAGUCAACAUGGCAAACUCACAUAACCAACUUCUACAUGAAAUCUGCACAAGGAACUUUUUCGCAUGAAGCACCGCUCACACAGAAGUCACUUCAAACCAAGCAGCUUACUUUUAGUUGUGGGGAAUUCGCUUGAGCAGCACGAAGAUGAGCGAAAUCUGCGUGAGGAACUUUUCCAUCUUUGCGCGAAACUCCCAGUCGUGCAGAUUCCUAUUGAAAUGACUGGAUUUCACCAAGCUAGGGUAAAUGUGACCGCACCUUAACGCUAAAAAAAAGUCAAACUAUGCCACUUCCCAAAGCGACGCUACUCUAAAAGAGCUCACAGCAACAAGCAUUUCCCCCAGGGACAAUGUAUCGUGUCGUACACUUUGAUCAUCUCAGUCGAGGGGAAAACG